UCUUUUUUGUCGACCAUGCCUGAGCCAGCCAAGUCGGCCCCGGCCCCGAAGAAGGGUUCCAAGAAAGCGGUGACCAAGGCGCAGAAGAAGGACGGCAAGAAGCGCAAGCGCAGCCGCAAGGAGAGCUACUCGGUGUACGUGUACAAGGUGCUGAAGCAGGUGCACCCCGACACCGGCAUCUCGUCCAAGGCCAUGGGCAUCAUGAACUCGUUCGUCAACGACAUCUUCGAGCGCAUCGCGGGCGAGGCGUCGCGCCUGGCGCAUUACAACAAGCGCUCGACCAUCACGUCCCGGGAGAUCCAGACGGCCGUGCGCCUGCUGCUGCCCGGGGAGCUGGCCAAGCACGCCGUGUCCGAGGGCACCAAGGCCGUCACCAAGUACACCAGCGCGAAGUAAAGUUGCCAAGUAAGAAUAUUUAACCCAAAGGCUCUUUUAAGAGCCACUAACCUGUCAAUAUCAGAGCUGUAACUACAUGUUUGGAAUCUAGGCUCAAGUUCAGGCGGUUUCUUUGAGGCAACCAUGAGGAUUCCAUUGCAGUGAGUAAUGCCUACUGUGCCCGUAACUGUCUCUGGCAGGAAGGAACCCGGGUGUGCUGUGAGUUGACUCUUGCGGGUUUGCAGCAAACAUUCUAGUAUGCCCCUUAACGGGAGAGUAACACAAGUUUGUAUACGUGUGUUGUGUGAACUAGAAAUGAUUCCUGGCGGUAGCGCGAAUGUGGAUCCUUUGGUUGUGAGCAAGAGUGGCUUCCUGUUGAUCCUAACAGCCUAUUGUCUUGUGACUUUUCUCCGUUAGGCGUUCUAAUCUGCUUUUAUUGGUAAAUUCAGUCCCCACUGGUCUUCCAAAGCCAGCCUUUUACCUCCGGUUGUCGCAUGUCCUAGGCGGUACGACAUAAUUAGAAAGACACUGUGUGCCGGAGGGGACGUUAGAUUCGUAGAGCAGUGCUUUCGUCCGGCUUGGGGGAAAACAAGUUGGCCUCUCCGGCCCAUUUGGGACCGGGACAGUGCCAGACCGCCCUGAGGGAGAGGUAUGCAAGGCAAAGAUAAGCUUACCUUUUCUCCUGAGUGAAGAAAUGGAAUACAAGGGCUCGCAAUAAUGUGGCUAGCUUACUGGUUUGUCAUACUGCCAGAGAGAGAAGGGACAGGUGGUAUAGCGGGGGGGGGGGGGGGGGGGGGGGGGGAAAUAAGGGCAUAUAAGUAACCGUUGGGAUCGCGCGUCUCUACUGAUUUGAGUCAAUUAAAGUCUGUGCAUCUGUUCGCCUAUCUGUAUGAGAGCAUGGAUCUGAACUUCGUGAAUUAUGUGCUCUCCAGAGAGAACAUGAAAUCUGUGUGAAUAGAGAUGAUAAAAGUGACUUUCUUAGGCCCACAAUCGGAUCUACUGUGGAGGAGAUCGGAAUAGCGAUCAGAUGGGGAUAGUCACGAGCUGUCCCUGUACUUGUCCUGAUACACGUCUGCCAUUUCUUCCUCAUGGGACUAGGACUACAGCCGACCCUUGGUGAUGGCUUCUCUAGCCGCGCUAAGCAGAGAAGAAUGCUUAAAAAUGUUAUAGGUUCGUGUUAUAGAAUAUAUUUGUGACUUGGUUAUUUGACUUGGCUGGCAGUGCCUCUACUUUGCCAUUUUAAAAUGAGAAUAAUAAAACCGAUCAAGAUUA